AAGUUUUUGUGCCCGCGCAUAGAUCUCGCCAUGAUCUUACACAGGCAUUGGAACGAGUCGAAAGCAUGGUGGAAAGCGUUCUCUCAAUUCCUUCCUUGGCCCCGAUAUUAUCUUACCGGCAUAUACCUAUCCCUUCAGGUACUCUAUCUCUGUACAGCAAUCCUGGCCUUGAAGCUUCUCGUCCAGAUGUUCUGUAUCAACUCGUGCUACGAAGCCCAGGUGGACAUCACACGCUACCGGAUCAAUGGGAAUCGGUCAUUAAUUUCACGUACCAGGACAGUUGUCCCGCAGAAUAUGAGACAUGCUUGCCUCGAAAGUGAGAAUGUCACUCAAAGAUCUCUCUCGCGCAUGGAGCUAACGCCGGAGCUAACGCCGGAGCUCUUAGGUUUCAUCUCAGCAUCACCCGGCGUCUGGAGCAUGUUCCAGUUGGGUGAACUCAUUGCAGCCUUCCGUGACUACGAAUACGAAGUGAUUUCACCUCUGCCAAGUGUGUGCGCCGCCGUCAAUAUCGUAUGUGCUUAUGCGUUGCGAAUCAAUGGCAGAGACAAGAUCGAUUGGUCGGAUUACUGCUUGCAUAACGCGCUGGAUAUGUUACCAGCAAUCAUGACAGAGCUGCCGGACUCGAUCGCAAUCGGCACCCUACUCCUAAUGACCUUAAUAUUCGCGUCUACUUCGAGGUUACCUACAGCAGCUAUGAUUUUAGCCAUUGCCUCUCAGAUGAUGUUUCUAGCCGGAUUUCACAAAAUGACUGCCACUCCAGACGAAACAACAACGCACAAAAGGCGCCUACUUUCAUACGCUUACAUACUGGACCAGAACCUCUCCCUAUGGCUCGAGAAGCCACCUCUCCUAUCUUCAAACUUUGGUCUAGAUCUUCUGGAGCAAGAACCAUAUGAUGGGCAGGGAACUAUUCAUCUUCGAGAUGGCAUAUCGGUUAAUUGCCUCAGGGAACAGGUCAUUCUGGCCAAGUUUCAGAGCAAGGCAUACGCGACACUCCGCUCGCCUGACUCCUCGUCGAUGUCACAGGAAGCAUACGCGGAAAUCAGCCGUCAGCUCUUGGAAGAGCCCUUACAGUGGAGAAGUAAUUUGCCGGCACUCGUCGAGCCACUUCUGAUACCCAAUGACCUCGACAAGAAGCAUGCGCCAUGGUUGUCUGCUAUAUUUUGUACCUUCUAUCAGGUCGAAAUCGCCAUUCGCUCUUCAAUCUUUUCGCAUAAAAUGUUCUUCGACAACGCAGACUUUCGUAAUCAAGCACUCCUCGUUGUUUCAAGUUGCGCUUCCGCUACUAGGAAACUGGUGGCAGUUGUGAGCUCUCUCGAUAGAAGUGCUCUGCAGAGAUCGCUGACUGGACAUUUCUCUGAGGUGCUCAGAUGUCUGUUGCCUUUGGUCGCGUGGAACCUGGAUUCUCUAUUCCUUCAUAUCGCCUACUACAGGCAUGCACCAGAAGUGCAGCAUGACGCUCGGCUAAUCAGAAAUAUUGUGAACUUGUUUGAAGACAACUUUCCAGACUAUCAACAAGCUAAGGUCUACGCUACGACUAAGCUUCUAUGCGAUGUGGCUUUACGGGCAAUCCCAUAG